AUGGAGAUAAACAACCCAGUUAUACAGCCCCUUGGGGUGUUGGUGGACGAAAAGAACAUCCCAACCAACUCGACUGAAACGAAUAACACUAUCUUGACUUUCAGUGCCAACGAUCCUGGAAACCCAUACAACUGGUCAAGUGGAAAGAAGCUAUUCAUAGUUUUCACCGCCACGGUGCUUCUUUUCAAUGGCACUCUCGCAUCAUCUCUACCCGCCAACGUCACUGCCCCCAUGAGUGCCGACUAUGGCAUAGACAACACCCAAGGCAAUCCCGAACUAGCCCUUCCCAUCUCUCUAUUCCUAGUGGGAUAUCUUUUUGGCCCUUUAGUCUUUGGACCCUUAUCAGAACUUCAGGGUCGUCAAUAUGUCGUGCAAGCUGCUUUUGCCGGAUAUACCAUUUUCACACUCGCCUGCGCUCUAGCACCAAACUGGGCUUCGAUGCUCGUGUUUCGACUCAUGUCUGGCAUCUUCGCUAGCGCGCCUACUGUUGUUGGCGGUGGUAUGAUGGCGGAUAUUUACAGCGACUUGACGACACGAGGUCGAGCUUUUACGUGUUUCUUCGCUGUGAGUAUCUGCGGACCUCUCAUUGCUCCAACAAUAGCGGGCUAUGUUUCGGAGGUUUCAUGGAGAUGGGCGUUUUGGGUGGGUUUGAUCCUUGCGGGUGUGACAAUUCUGCCAUUGGCGUUUCUGCCAGAGACCUUUGGACCUACCAUCCUCGAACGCCGAGCAAAGAAAAUACGAAAAGAGGCUCGUGCAACAGGAAAAGGCGACGUUGAAACCUACGCUGCGAUCGAACUUGAGGCGAAAGGCUGGAAGAACAUGAUGAGUGUUGUUCUAGUUCGUCCCGUCAAAAUGCUUUUCACCGAGCUUAUCGUUGCUGCGUCAAGUCUAUACAUCGCCUUGGCGUACAGUAUCUACUACAUGUUCUUCCAGACAUAUCCCAUCGUGUUCAAAGGCAUAUACGGCAUGUCUACCAAGACAAGUGGUCUCAUGUACUUUCCUAUCAUCGGCGGGAUCUUUCUGGGAAUGAUCAUCUUUAUACUCUGGGACGCUUAUUACACCCGAUGCAAGAAAGAGGGUCGAACAUGGGCUCAGAAGACCGAGUACAGCAGACUUCCUCUAGCAUGCAUAGGUGGUCCUCUCUUGGUUGUAUCGCUGUUCUGGCUUGGCUGGACUGCACGACCAGAAAUAUCCUGGAUCUCUCCCAUGACGGCCGGAGUUCCUUUCGGAGCAACUCAAAUCCUCAUCAACAUGUCUUUGACAAAUUAUCUCAGCGAUUGCUACGGAGUUUACUCGGCUUCAGCCAUGGCCAUAGGUUCAUGUCUUCGAAACCUUGUAGCUGCUGGACUUUGUCUUGCUGCGGCGCCCAUGUAUACUGCGCUCAGUGUGGGAUGGGCCACGACUGUGUUAGGGAUUAUUAGCGUUUUUAUGUGUGCGAUUCCGUUUGUGUUUAUUCGGUAUGGAGAUCACAUUCGGGAAAAGAGUGUGUUUUAUCAAAUGUUGAAAAAGGAUAUGGAAAAGGCCCGGGGUGAUAUAGAAAGCGAGUAA